AGUCAGCCAAUCAAAGCUCAAGAAUUUGUGGAAUUCUAACAAAGGAUGAAGUUACUUGGCUGGAUGCAUAGAAAAUUUCGCCAGAAUAGCACUGAACCGUUCAAAGACUUGGUCAUUGGGCAGCCAGCACUUGAUGAUGAACACAACUAUCCCAAACCAAAAUUUGGGACCAAACAUGUCAAACAAAUUCAGAGAGACCACAACCUAAGAAAAUCUUUCGCUGGUCUGGAGACGGCAAGAAUAGAUGAUGACUAUGAGGAAGAAUCGUCGGCUGCUAUGUAUGAGCUCUUCCAUGGCUUCCUAGCAAUUGGAACUCUUGGUUCGGAGCAAGUUAUUACUGAUCCAUCAACAACACCAACAUUUGGCAUCUCUGUCGAGAAUAUAACUGAAAAAGAAGAAGAUGAAGCCACUGAGAAUGAAUUGAAGCUCAUCAAUGAUGAGCUAGAGAAAGUUCUAGGAGCCGAAACCAAGGAUGAUGGCAGCAUCUAUUCAUCUGGAAGAAAUAGUCAUGUAAGCACCGGGAGAAGUAGUCAUGGAAGCAUAGUAACGCUCGGUGGAAAGCCACUAGAAGGUACAGAAUCAAAUGGGAACGGAACUGCAUUUUAUCCACUCCAGGGGUAUCUCUUUGGAUCAGCAAUUGAAUUAGCAGAACCAACAACAACAGUGGCAAAGAAGGAGCACAGAACAUCACUUGGGGAGCUUUUUCAGAAAAGCAAAUUAGCAGAGGAGAAUUGUGGAGCAAAAUGUGAAAAGGAUGAUAAAAGAACUGAGAGGGAUGCAGAUAACUCUGCCAUGCACCUCAUGAUGAAAAAAUUGCUGAAAAAAAGAAUGCUCCAUACUUCUUCCCGAAGUGGUGGACCUGUUGAUUUUUCGUCAGCAGAGAGAAAACUGCAUAAGAUUCUCCAUUUGUUCCACAGGAAAGUUCAUCCCGAAAAUUCAGCAGCUGUACAAAAAUCUGAUAAAUACGAGAAGAAUGACAACAGGAAGAAGACAAUCGAUGAGGGUAGCCACGUGGUGCAUCCAGGGGAAGAUAUUAUGACACACCCUAAAAGAGCAGUUGCAAAGGAAAACAAGCAAAAACAUAAGAGCCAAUCAAAUCCACUCCAGUUAACACUUGGGAGCGAAGAUUCAUGUGAGAACAGGGAGCACUGGAUCAAAACAGACGCUGAUUACUUAGUCUUGGAGCUCUGAAAGGCAAAGGAAGAAACCGAGCUGAUUUUAAGCUAUCAUCGUGGAU